GCAAGCUUUCUUUUGCCUUUCAAGGUUAGGUGAAGACUUCAGUCGCGACCAAGUUAGUGUACUCCCAAGUGAGUACCCAUUAUUCAACUUCACUCGGUAAUUCUUUGCGUAGCCAUCCUUUUCAAGAACACAUCACGUCCUCUCAAAGCUCUUUUCGUAUAACCAUUCUACCAUACCAACGAUUAAAUUCAAUCGCUGAAGUUGGCAUGGUAUGGAAGACGAUGUGGCAUACCUACCUGGCGAUCUUUUAAUUGACAUCACCAAGCAUUCACGAACUCACGACGCGACACAGCACAUCAACGACAUUGUUCACUUGAUCACCAAACAACCCCACCCAACUCGGUUUCGACUUUCCAAUCCUCAAAUACUCCAUUUUCUUUCUACAGGCACUAUCGUCGACUUUUCACGCUCUACAGCUUCAAUCUCUUGCCCUGUUGAUUUGCACCAUAUCUUGGACCCGCUUGGGUCUACCCAAGUAAAUCGCAAUGGCAACCGCCCAGUUAUCCGUCCAAGACCAGAUUCGCCAACUCGAGGGCGCGCGCAAACUCGUUCUAGGAAAUGCAGGCUACUAUACUCAAGUCAUUCAAGCUUCCCUUCCUAUCAUAGGUCCAUCCGCCCAGGUGGAAUUCCGACGAUGGGGCGCCGAGUUUCUUGCCGAAGCAUUUGCGACUCCCGCAAUUGCUCCCGGUCAGAAAGAAACAUUGUCCCUAUUAGUCCUAGAGACACUGAAGCUACUGGUGGAAGACGUUAACCAAGAUGUUACCGUAUUGAAAAGCGUUAUUCAGACAGCGGCUAGUAUAUACCCGCUAGCGCUACGAUGGAUUAUCAACAAUUCUUACGACACGCCCACGUGGGACCGAAUGACCGAUAUCAAGAACCGAAUAUUGCGAAUCUGGGACACUGCUCCACCGAGUAUUCGAAUAUGCUGUAUCAAGUUCGCUCAGCGUGUUGUACUUGCACAGACCCAGAGCGUAAACCCGGAGCCAAGGCGUGGUGACCUUCUCGACAUAUCUCUGGUCAUGAUCCCCCCCAAUCACCCUGUUCUCGACGCACCCAAACUCGAGGCCGAAGCAUCAGGGCUCCUAGACAGAAUGCUCGGGGUUUUGCAAGACAAUAGCAGUGAUGCUUUGGUUGUAGAUGCGACAUUGAAUACAUUGUCUGUCCUCGUCCGAAACAGACCCGCGACAUCGAAUAGAAUUCUCAACACCGUCCUCAACUUUAAUCCCUUGAAGCUAGCGAAUUCGCCUAUGACGCCUAAGACCAAGGUUCUUGUAAAGUCAAUGGAGAAAACGACACGAAUGCUCCUUAUGCAUCUAUCUAGACGAAAUCCCCAGAACCCGCAGAUCGGCCGUAUCCAACAAUACGUUGAGCGACUCAUGCGGUCUCGAGCUGAGAUCUUCGACGAGGGAAAUCGCAAAAGAACCAUGGCGGAGCAAGCUGAUGGGCAAGACACUAAGCGUCAACGAACAGGAACCACGUCAUCCAAUCCUCAAGUCGAAAUAACUCCAUUGAAGCCCGGGCCUCAUACCCUUGCAGAUGUCUUCACAUUUACUAAUAACGAUGGACUGAAGCGCUUUAACGUAGGUGAUAACGUUCCGGCACCACUUGCUGCCAAGAUCAGUGUCACAACUAUCGCCCGGGUAGACCAGCAACUGUUAGAUCGAGCUAUUCAGGGAGUACGAGAUCGCCUGACAGCACUCAAUGCGGCCCAACCGGAGCCAAUAAAUCCCGAGACGGCACCGCUCGACGUUGAAGAGGACGAGGAUGACUAUGAGCCAGAUUAUUACGCAGCAGAAGACACAGAACAGAUCCUGAACAAGCUCGACUCUUCGCCGGCAGAACAACCACGUGAAUUGGAAAAGCCAGCAUUAGGCGGGUUGGCAUUACCUACGUUCCGACUACCACCACCGCCGACGUUGAAUCCGGAUCAGGCCGCCAAAGUGGGGCAAGGGUCGAUCACGAGAGUGUUCAGCACCAUGAGAACUCUAGAGGACCCAGCGGUCAAGAAAACCAAAGCUGGUAUCAAUAGGCUUGCGGCCAGCUCGUACGACCGGGAUUCGUGGAUCACUGUAAUUACUCGUUUAGCAACCCGGGCAAAUGCGGGGCUUGACGUACCGGAGGAAGACGAGGACACCAAGGGCGUCUUCCCACCGCCCCAGCUCAGCGAUACCAUUCGGGAGAUGCUGUUUAACUACGUCCUGGAGGAUUUCCGUAAGCGGAUCGAAGUAGGCGUCUCCUGGUUAAGCGAGGAAUGGUAUAACGAUAAAGUACAACAACGUUCCGCAUCGUCUUCGCCUAUUCACCACAACGUAGCUGUCCACUACGAAAAGUGGGCGCUCCGUCUUUUAGACGGAUUUAUCCCUUACCUCCACGGACAAGACAAGGUGUUAACACGGUUUCUUAGCGAGUUGCCGGAACUUAGCCCAGCUGUCUUUGGACGAAUCAAAACUCUAUGUCGAGAUCCUAGUUUGGUCAGCCUAGCACUCACAUCGCUAUACUACUUGGUGGUGUUGCGCCCGCCGGUUAGGGGUCUCGCAUUAGAUGCGAUCCAGGAUAUCUGGACAGAUUAUGAGGACACAAGGCCCCUGGCGGCCAAGUUUUUACAGAAAUGGCGGCCAAGCUUCUUAGAAGCAGCGCAAGCAGCCAUGUCUGGAAAUGAAGGAUCCGUUGGAGCUAGUACGGCCGCAGUCGUCUCAUGAUACCCAUUUAACGAUGAUUGGCUCAGAAUUGCGAACUGAUUGAUGCGGAUGUUAUUUCUCAAGCUAUACCCUAUACGAUGGUGACGGCUGGCGGGCGUUAACUCCCUGGGGCCGUUGCAUUUGCCCGUAGUCGGAUUGGCAGGGCGUUGAGAGAUGGAAAUAGGCUUGAAGGGUUAAACAGUCUACAGUAAUGGGCUAGAGUAUAUGUACAAAACAUAGGGGCUACUCUGGUGAAGCCUUCACAAGGCUUAGAUACAUGGCAAUACCAGCAUGUGGAGCAUGUUUAAUGAAGUUCCUUGUAGAUGUUAGGUAUCAUACAUAGCCCGAUGACUUCGGGGUUAUAAUCAUACCUACAUACGUGCCUAUCCAAGUACUCUCCCCCUUUAAGCAACAAUAACAUGAAGUCCCUUACAGCACAGUA